CUGGGAGUCCACCUGGUUCAGCAGAACAAGCUGAUGCAAAAAGUCUUUGCUUUGUGCCUGCUGUGACUUCCUCUCCGCAAGAGUUUUGUAGGAAGCACACCUUCCUGGGUAUCUGUUGGCUUCUAAGUGCUCAGGUGGGGAUGAUCGGUUGAACUUUGCGAGAACCACGACACAGGUGCCAAAUUCGUUUUGCCAAAUUUUUAUAUUUUGAAAUUUUCAAAAUUGUUUUGCAGUAUAUCUGGUAGCCAGCUGUGGUGCCGUUGUCGCGUUCAACUGGCCUCAGUUAGUGCCAGUACUGUGCUAAGGCGAGGGAGCGGAUCGACGACAGAUUGGCAAUUUGCGAGGCGCACGGCGUGGCGUGUCAGAACAGAUCGAGGAUGCGUCGGCCAGUUUAGUUUAAUCCGCCGAGAAGAACGAGGCACACCGUACCCUCACAAUGGCCUUGGCCAUUCUGUUUGCGCUGCUGUACCGCUGGCUGCUGCCGUUGGUACUACUGAGCGCGGCUGUUGUUCGUCUCAAUGGCUUCUCAUUGACCUACCUGGUGCUGCUCCUGUUGAGUCUAUUACUGAAGAGUGACUAUCGCAGUGCGUCACCGCGCACUCUACUUAUCCUGCUGCUGGCCGUGUCUACGGGUAGCCUGCUUGGCAAUGCUUUCUUCCAGAUCUCGCGCUCCACGGACUACGCCAAGGAUCACCUGCAACCAGGUGACGAGGCUGAGCGGAUAUGGCGGCAAAUCGGCUUCAACCAGAUGUCGGCGUUCUCCGCUGUGGAGGUCAUUCGCCAUGUGAUGCCGGACAUUGUCGUAUUCCUGCUCACCGUACCGCUGAUCAUCUUCAUCGGCAAGCUGAGAGCAACCAGUGCAGCGGCGGCGGCCGACGAAGACACGGACGACGCCGACGCCUCGCUGGAGGCAGGCAUCCGACGACGAGACGAUGAUGUCGAUGAUGACGCGGCCAGUGGUGGUGGCGAUGGCGACGACUCGGAACAGGGCAUGCCGGAGUGGUUUGUGUCGGUGCUGCGCACGUUCAGCAACGCGCUGUGCGUGACCGCACUGCUCCUCACCAGCGCCGCCAACCCCAGCGUGCUCUCCUCCGUCUACCUGCUGCUGUUCAUCGGUGUGGGCGUGGCCUGGGCGCUGGCCACCAGGCACGGUGCGGCGCGUCUCCAUGGCGUCAAGCUGUUCACGCUGGCCUACUCUGCGCUGCACCUGCUCGCUCUCUAUGUGUAUCAGUUUGACGGUGUGCAGUCGACUAGUGCGUGGAACAUCACUGAUUACUCCACAGUGCAAAUGCUGGGUCUAACACCGUUGGUGAAUGCUUCUCAUGGCGGACCUCACCCGUGGUCUAUUGUCUUCACAAAAGAGGCCAAGUGGACAUGGUAUCUGUCGCCGGCACUAAUCUUUCUUCUCUUCUGGGUUAUCUCACUUGACCUACGCUUCUCCUCCAAGGUCAACGCGGCGAAUUCCUCCUCCUCCUCCUCGCUCUCAAGUAGCCAGCAGACUGCAGCAAAAGCGCCCAGCCGUACGGAGCGAUCUCAGCUGUUGCGUGGCUCGCAGCCAACCGGCUACGGCACUGAACCCAGCAUCGUACGCUCACGUUCGCCUCGUCCUAGCAGUCCUGCCGCGGCAGCAACGGAUGAUGUCGAUAGCACCGGGGUUCGUAUUUCCACGGCUGCUGCUGCUGACCCCGCAGGUGAUAAUGAUGACCAGCAACGACAAGAACAUGGCGUGGUUCUGAUGCUGUCCAAUGGAACAAAGGCACUUGGGCAGUUUGUGAUGAAAUACAUCUAUCUGCUGGCUCUUGUCGUGAUGAUGGCAUGGAGCAUUGCCUACUUGUCCUGGCUGGCCUGUGCCUUCCUGGUUGUGGCGUGUAUCCUGUGGGUCAUACCCAACUGCUACAAAUGGUGUCUAGCUGUGUCACCGUUGCUUGCAGCCUACGCUGGCGCUCUCCUCCUAUUGGAGUACAUCUGUGACUUUGACGUGGUCACCGAUACCUGGGAGGACUGGCAUGAGAUGGGUGUCCGGCAUCACCAUAUUGGAUUCCCGCACGUCCUUCUCAAGGCGGCUGGCUUUGGCAUACUACUGGCCACUGUGCGUUCUCACAUUCACGUUCUAGAGGAAGAGGAGAGGCGCAACGGUACAGGUGCCGACCGUCGUCGUGGUGAUGAGCAUGACGGUGGGGUGGCGUCAGCGGCAGCGUAUCGUUAUAGUGAACUAGCCGUAACCGUGGCGAAGGAGUACUGGCUGCUGGUCUGCUAUGCUAUUUUCCUGGUAGUGAGCCUGGUCGGCGACGUCUCCAUCUUCAAGAUGAUCUAUAUGCUACUCUUCUUGAUCUUCUUCAUCACGUACCAGACAUCCGGCAGGCUAUGGUCAGCUGUUCUGCGACCACUCUGGUGGUUGGCUGUCGUGUACAGCAUGGCUGUCCUGGCAUUGAUCUACUCCUAUCAGUUUGUGUCAGUGCGCAACCUCUGGGAUCAUGUGAAGACUUCAUGGGUCCACGACAUAGGCCUGCAACACUAUGAUCAAGAGCAGCUGUUUGGCCAGCUCUCCUUGCCCACCAUAGUGCUCAUCACAGUCAUCAUUCAGAUACGCUACUGCCAUGAUAAAACACCUGCAGCAGGACCUACAGCUACACCAUCACCAUACAACGCGAGUACACCAUCAACAUCACCUACAUCCCCGGCAUCGCGGAGCAGAAGUCCUCCCAUGGACCUUUCUCUUUCCAAGUCUGGCUCUGCACUCAGUGCGAGCACCGAGUUACACACCAUGCCGUCCAGCAGUGGCAAUGCUGGUACUGCAUCAGCAUACGCACCGCCUCAACCGACCAACGCCGCCACGGCCGACGACGACGGCGGCGGAGGUGAUUCACAGCGAGCUGGUGAUCGGCAGCGGGCGCUGACACCGCGCAAACAGACCAUGUCCGUCAACAACGCCGCGUUCAACAAUUCAGCCCGCAGCACCGGUGGAGGUGUGGCCGGGGACCGUCUCGCCUCUACCGCCAGUCCUAGUUCUAUGUUACCGCGCUCUGCAGCAUCGGCGGCGGCCACGGCUAAUCUUGUAGCUGGUGAUGAAGCUGAAGACCGUUCAGAGGAUGAGGAUGAUGAGGAUGAGAGUCAGUCUGGUGGUGGCUGUGGCAAUGACAAGCGUUCCUGGAAGGACUUCCUCCUCUGGUCUGUGUCCCGGGUGAUAGCCAGUGUGUCUUGGCUGCUGGGGCUGCUCUGGCGACUGCUGGAGUUGCAUCUCAACCGCCUCGUCUUGCUCAUCAUCACGAUCGUCUGCCUGAACGAUAUCAGCGCGUUCAACAUUGUGGCGUUUGUUUUCGUCCUGAUCACCCUGCUGAUCCCCGGCCUGCGCAGCAUCUGCUACCUCUUCUUCAACCUUUGGGCACUGGUCAGCAUUGAGGCCAAGAUGGCCUUCCAACUGCAGACUUUCACCGCCGAAGAUGUUUCCCUGUCGCACAACUGUUCUCUGAAUAAUAGUCGCUUCACGUCGCUGGGGUCCUGGGUUGGCGUGGUGAAGACCAACCAUCUUCCCAACUACGUGCAGGGUUAUCUGUGGGUGAUGGUGCUCAUCUCGCUGCGUGUGGUUGUCAACCGCCACCAGCGUAGCAUCAAGGAGCACUACAAGCGGGCCCUGGAGGAUUCCAGACGUAGCGGUGGUGCUGGUGGAUCAGCUCAAUCACAGACAGUGCCUCCGCCACCAGAAGGAACACAUCUCUUCUCCAACGUUACUCGUCAGGACGCUGAUCGGGAUUUGUCGCACGCGCUCAAGUACCUUUGCAACCAUGGCUUCGAGUUGUUUGGCGUGGAGGUGACACUAGUGAUUUGUGCGACCGUAGUAGUUGUCCGGCAAGACGUCUUUGCUCUGCUCUACGCCACCAAUCUGGUGGUGCUGCUGCUGGCGUCGGCGUCCGGACGACUGCAGCGCUACUUUCUCUGGCCCGUGUUCUGCAUUGUCGUUGCACUGUUCCUGCUGGUGCAGUACUUCCUGCUGCUGGGCCUCCCGCCGUCUCUCUGCUUCCGUCCGUUCUGGGAGACAACGGAAGCGUUUGAGGGCAACCCCGACUUGCUUCACUGGAUGUAUCUCAGUGUUCCUGGUCAUCGGCAGAACAAAUGGUUCCCACUGGCGGAUGUAAUCCUCUUCAUCAGUGCCACUAUACACCUGCAUAAUAUCCGUCGUAAACGCUUGCACGGCGGUGAGACGGAGGGAUACACACGUCUUGGUGACCAGUACCAUGUGCCAGACUUCACCGAGGGAGAGACUUGGCUGGAUAUGUUCAAGAAUCUGAUUUUCCAUCAUUUCUUCUGGCUAACACUGGCAGCAAUGUUCAUAGCCGCCACAAGUCGCACCACCAUACUCAGCCUGUGUUACAUGAUCCUGAGCUUCGUCUUCCUCUGGUUUGGUGGCAGCCAGCUGCAGCUACCCAGGGCCACGCUCGUCAAACGGUGGAAGUGGCUGCUGGCCUUCAAUGUGUUUGUCAUCUUCGUCAAGACCACACUGCAGAUUUGGUCGUGUGCGUAUAUGUCGGAUACCCAUCUGAGCAACAACCUAGGAAAGUUGUUUGCAACAUCAUGCCAGGGUGGACUCAACAUUGGCAGUGCUACCGAGAGGGCAGAUCAGGAGAAGGACGAGGCCGGCCUGUAUCUGGAUGUUCUCCUUCUAGCCAUGCUGCUGUUACAGCUGCGUAUCUUCUCCAGCCAGUACUUUGGACAUGUCGUACAACAUCUGGACACCAUCGUGGAAUUUGCGCCCGACGGACUGCGUAUGUUACUACGCCUGCAGCACAAUCGACGCCGCGCUCGACGGCAGGCUGAGCACGCUAACAUUACCACCAUCCGUGACAGGGUGCUGGCACUGGAAAAGGAGCCACACGCUUUCCAGACCCUCUAUGGUGGCACCAUUAUUCCUGAAGAGGAUCUGAAGAAGCGUUUCCGAGGCAGCAGAGCAUCGAUAACCAGUGACACGUCGGGUUCCUUCAGUGAGGACGACCGUGAGGACAUGUCGUCCGUUGAUCCAAUGUCGUCAUUGGAGGGUGCAGGGAGGCGAGCGGAGACACCUAUUGAGGAGCUUGUUAGCGCUGCGGAGUCAGAGGCUUGCGCUGAGGAUAGCUCAGCUGAAGGCGGUCCACGGCAGCGGAAGAAGAAGAGUGACAAAGCUGACGAUCGCUCGUUCCUGCGAAAGGUCAUCGACGCCCUCAAUGACUUUUUGAACAAGUCUGUUAUCUACUGGCUGGACGGCAUGUCCUAUGACUACAUCUAUGUGGAGACUCGGUUGAGACGACUUCGUUUGCUCAAGAGACUACAGGACCAGGGCCAGAGUGGCAGUGAAGAGGACAUCGCUGACUACUGCGCACCGCCAGGCACUAUCCUGGCUACUCACGUGCCCAAGAGUGCCAAGAAGAAGAAGAAUCGCAAGCGCAGAGACAACAACGACGAUGACGGUGGUGCUGAUGGUGACGGUGAGACCAAUCACAGCUCUACGUCUGCAUCUUCCAGUACGGUGUCUGCACCUGCGGCCGCAUCCUCUCUAAUCCAGGCAGCCUCGGACGACGACGAAAACGAGCGACGGGACGGAACCGGUCGCUCGAGUACGCGUCGCAGCAAGCUGGGGCCACUGUCCGCAUUGGACUUCAUCUUGAAGAAGCGCUCGCUCACGACGCGCUCAGCUGCGACCGAGAAACUCCUGCGUAACGAGGUUGCCCACGUGAUAUACAUGCCGGCCAGAAUCGGCUGGGCACUGUACUACGCCAUUCUGGCGCGCACCGAUGUCUUCUGUUACUUCCUGAUGAUACUGGAUCACGUGGUGAAGGGACAGAUUCUGACAUUGCCGCUGCCACUGCUGGUGUUCCUGUGGGCACUACUGGAUAAGCCUCGGCCUUCACCACGGUUCUGGGUGACGGUGAUCACCUAUGUUGAGGUUAUAGUUGUGAUCAAGUUUAUGUUUCAGUCUGCACUAUGGCCAUCCGAGCUCAAUGAGGAUCCCAAAUCUCCAUCAUCCUUCAUCCAGCUGCUGGGCAUCUAUCGUGUACCGAACUUCACCAGUGCAACUGUCCUGGAUAUCGUACUACUGCUUGCACUGUGUAUCCAUCGUCGUAUGUUACAGCUGCAUGGCUUGUGGGAUUUCAAGACCCAGAGUGGACAUAAGAACAAUAGUGAAGAAGCAGAAGCAGAAGAAGAAGAUGAUGAUGACGUAGACAUCAACAAUGCAGAGCACGAAUCUCCCGCUGCUGGUGACGGGGACGAAGCAGAUGGUGCCGGAGGUGUCCGAUUUAGACUUGAGGGCAAGGAAACGCUGAAGCCUGCCGCUGCUUCUUCCAAAGAUUCACUGUUCUCUCGCUUUGUGCGCUUCAUCCGCACUGCAUUGGACCCGCGUCGUGGCAGUGGACAGGCUGACUUCUACACGGCCAUGGUGCUUGUGGACUUUGUGGCGUUUCUCGUCAGCAUCUUCGGCUACUCUUCAUUCUCAGAGUCAUCCGGUGGUAAUGUGGUAUCGUAUAUCACAGAGAAUCAUAUACCAAAGAUGUUCCUCGUCAUCAUUCUCUUGGAAUUUCUGUUUAUCAUCUUUGAUCGUGUUAUCUAUCUGAAGAAGUGGCUACUAGGCAAGCUCAUUUUCCAGGGUACUCUUCUGCUGAUCGUGCACGUCUGGCUCUUCUUCGUGAUGCCCAGUAUCACUAAAAGACCAUUCCAUGACAAUCCUGUUGUGCAAGCAUGGUACUUCUUCAAGUGCAUGUACUUUGCCUUUUCAUCACGGCAAAUAGCUGCUGGUUAUCCAACGCGUAUUCUUGGGAACUUCCUCACCAAGGAGUCCAGUGUUAUUUCCGCCGUCUUGUUUUUAGGAAUCCAGGCGAUACCAUUUCUGCUGGAGAUUCGUACACUGCUAGACUGGGCGUGUACAAAUACCGUCCUCUCCAUCAUGUACUGGUUCAAGGUGGAGGACAUACGGGCCAAUAUCUACGUUAUUCAGUGCUUCAAGGAUGACGAAAGGAGAACUCCGCGUAAGCUGGGCAAGAUCAUCGGUGUGGGCGUAAAGAUAGUGACGGGUGGUUUUGGAGUAGCGGCGCUGAUUCUUGUCUUGUGGCUGCCCCUUAUUAUUAUCUCCUUGGUCAACUCUACCAGUCUGCCCAAUCAGCCGUACUCGGGAACGCUGUCAGUGCAGCUGGCUGGCUAUGAGCCGAUGUUUCGCUUCACUGGUGAAGAGGACUUUGUGAAGAAUAUCACGCAAAGUGACUACGAUCAAGUCAAGGCCAACCGGUCGCAAGCGGCGCUGAACGAGAUCUCCACGUACACAUACACGGACGUGUCUCACUUUCUCAUCCCGUCGCGCUCCGGCUCGCUAUGGGCUAUCAGCCCUCCGGCUCUGGAGGCGCUCAAGACGGAGCUGUCCGGGAGCAAGUCCUUUCUACCCAUCUAUUUCCACUGGUCGUUCAGACGGCGAUCGGCAACUGGUCUUGCGUCCGAUGCCGUGUCUGGCUCCACCAGCAAGUUUGUAACCGAUGACGAGCGUGCACAGCUGCUGGCAAUCCUCACAGGAGAUGCGCAGAAUGUUACGUUUAAAAGCAUCUUCCCCACGUUCAUCAACGCUCCAUCGAACGGCGUCGCGAAGGCCAUGUCUGCCCUGAAUCGGGAUCACCCGGUGAGUAUACAGCUAGCACUGAGCACGUACCCACCGGGGUCGGACGCGCCGCAGCGCUGGUGGUCACUCUACAGCGAAGGAAAGCACGUCAUCACUAACCCUGGUAGCGGUAGCGGCGGUGGUGUGAACGCCACUAACAGUGUGGAGAUGAUCAUAUUCAGUCCGAAGAUCGCUGCGCCUCAGUUCUCCAUAUUAGCCGGGCAAGGGAUCAUUGGUCUCUACAUCUCUCUAGUGCUGGUUGUCGGCCAGUUCCUGCGACUGUUCUUCAAGAACAUCUCGCAUCGCAUUCCCUUCGACGACCUGCCAAAUCCGGAUGCCAUUCACGGCCUUGUCAAAGACAUUUACUUGGUGCGUGAAAGUGGACGCUAUGGCUUGGAGGAGCGCCUUGUUGGCCAGCUGUUCCUCAUCUACCGCAAUUCGACGGAAAUGAUCCGUCUCACACGGGAGAAGCCCAUUGCCGGGAAGGUGAAGACAGAGUAAGCCGUCGUUCGCAUUCUGAGAACUGCUGUUGGCGCCUGAGACCACCAGCCUACACUCAGUAUCUUAUGCCGCACACAACGAUCAUCUCCUGCUGGAUCCUGCUACGAAAUAUAUCUCUAAUUCCUGUGAAAUGUCUACUUUCCCCAUGAAAUCUCUACUUUCCGUGAAAUGUCUUCACUUUCUGUGGACGCCCCAUCUCUCAUGGCAAUUUCAGCACUUCUAGGGAUUCAUCUCAGACUUAACUGUCCCUUGUUGUCUUCUGUGUCCCUUUGCCAGCCAUUUGCGUAAUGUGACGGCAAUGUUGAGUUGGCUAUUUUUCUAUGAGAUUUUUUUUGGACCUUUCGAAUCGUUUUACUUCAAGAGGCACAACACGACUUAGUGUUCUGUUGUUUUGUGUUUCGGUAUCCAUGGUGUCCAUGGUAUCGGUUGCUACCGGACCUAACAUACAUGUAGGUUUGCGGCGCCUGCGUCUUUUUAACAGCUGUUUUUUUACGUGCCCAACACAAAACUAGCCAUUCCCCACCGUGUCCUGAGGUCUGUUUUAGUUGUUGUACAUCAUGUAUGCCGUUCAUAUCAAAGGUACUGCUUACACUGCGUAUUCAAACUGAUCCUUUGAAUUCGUAGUUUUCCCAAUCCUUUCAAAAAUUAAAUUUUACACUGCAUACUAGUAGUUGUCUUAAUUGUCGUAUUCUUACACUUGGCUCAUUGGCAAGCUCAUGAGAUUUCAUCACUCCGAUUUUUAUGACAAUUCACUCCACCACUAGUAGAUCCAGCUGCCUGUUGAUUGGUUUUUUCAAUGUACACGUUCUGUACCCAAGUCGUGCUCUUCUUUUUCUAAAUAUUAAUGUUUCACCAGA